CAUUUUUAGAGACCUUUUAGGAUCAGAAAUGAAUGACAGGGAAUCGGAGGACCCGAAAAGUUCAAAGGAAGAUGCUGCCAGCCAAAAUCCCGAACUGGACGUAUGCAGUGAUAAGUUUAAUCCGUUGCGAGCCUUAUACGAGCCCAACUACAAGGUGACGGAUGUGGUCCCCAAAGUCCUCUACCAAAACCUGGCCGCCUUCGAGAGUGCGCUCAAGAAGUUCGGUAUCUGGCAGUUGAACAAGCGGCAGAAACCGGAAGCCGGAGGAGGAGAUCAGGGAGCAUCGAAGAAGGCAUCUUCCUCCAGGUCUGCAGACAUCCUGGAGGCUCCUCAGCGUCGCUUCGAGCCCCAUCAGAUGCCCACGACUAGGGCCUCAAACAAGAAGCACCAUCGCAACAUAUUCACCUACAUGGAGAGCACUGUCGGUCCCCUGGAAGUCCUUAAGAAGUGCAUUCCUUCGGCCGGCCCCAAGGAAACUAGGGAGAAACCCGCAGAGAUUCGAGUUAGGGUGGUGAUCCGCAAACAGGGAGCAGUGGGCGGCAGCGUCGAGGGUGAACUGGUGGCCUUUGACAAGCAGUGGAACCUGCUCCUGCGAAACGCCACCGAAACCUGGAAGCGACGAAAGUACAAUUACGGAGAACAGAACAUAUGCGACACACCUGUUGAUUGCACAGACCGGCUCAGGGAGCUGGGAAUCACUCUUCCCAAGGAACAAGUCAAAAGUUUAAACCGGAAGAACGUGGAGAUAAAGCGAGAUCUGCCACAGAUCCUAAUACGCGGCGAAAAUGUGGUUCUAGUUAGUAUAGUAGCUAAGGGAAAAUAAUGCACAGCUUGGUUUCACUUUCUUUAUUCGAAAGUCAAUCAUUCGAAUAGCGAUAUAAGUAAGGAACAUUUUAAUAUAAGUAAGUAUGUUAAGCUAUAAUUCAUUUUAUAACUUUUAUUAUUACCGACUAAGAUUCA